AUGCCAAAGAAGCACCAGCCGAGCUACAACAAGCCGUCCAGCAACUACGUGCAUCCGUCUCUGUCUUCGUCGCGAGAGUCGUCCAGCAGCAAUGCAGCUCCGUCGGCUUCGCAGUCCGUCAACGACCGCCUGAGCCAGCUGCGCCGCGAGCAAGCUCCCCGCUCCGCCAUCGACCGCCGAAAUGAGCUCGCCGAGUCUCUCACCGCGCGACCAGUCCAUCCCGCCUUGAGGCAAAUCCUCAACCUGCCCGAGGUUUCUGCCCCUAGACCGCGCCUUGCCGCCCGAACAACCACCGGCCGACGGGUUCCGGGCCCCUCGGCGCCACAGAGUUGGCUGGAAAGCAGCAGGCAUGCGCCGGACCCCACACCGCAGGCCCCCAGGCUCUGGAAGAUCAUGAGACCGCGCUUCACGGAGCGUUUGCCGCCACAGCGGAGCCUUGUCCACUACACCUGCAAAACCUUGGCCAAGAACUGGGAAUACCUGUUGGAGUACGAACAGCACUACCUGGCUACGCUACCUGUGCAACUCAAGGAUAUUCUUCUCAGUUACAUAGCUGCGUACGGCCCGGAAGACGGCAUCACCUUGGAGUCUUUGCGGGUCCUGUUCCUGAACGAACACGAACUCGAUGAUGCCACGGGAAGCGAUGAGCUAGUGCACCUCGAUCUCACCGGCAUGAUAUCCAAACACUUCACUCUUGGAGAAAUCACAAAAUAUGUGACGCAUUCACCAGCUCUCAAGAAAGAUGCCCUGACCGAAUCGAUGAACAACCUUUCAGUAGGCGAGGAUGUUGCAGAUUCUUGGGAGGACGCAGAGGAAGCCCAGUUGCCCGUACUGCCGAAAUCGUCCCUCAAUCCUCGGUUCCCUAACCUGACCCACCUGUCACUUGCAUAUCCUCAGAAGACGUCAUGGAGCCAACUCUUGACUCUAUCGUCCCAUCUCCCGACUCUCACUCAUCUGUCUCUAGCAUUUUGGCCCAAGCCGACCAUGACCCCCCACGCCACCACAGCAUCAAUGAUCAGCCAGCAUGGAAGGGUAGAGUUUGGCGGCACUCACUUUUACUCCGAAAUGGACAACGACUGGCAGGAAGCCGCGAAUAUUUUGCGCCGUCUAGCGAAUAAUACCUACUGUCUCAAGUGGCUUGACCUUUGUGGCUGCGACUGGACUCCUGCGCUGGUAUGGGGAGUCAACGACCGGCAAGUUUCGUUCCCCCGUGCACGCCGUGGCGUUGACGGAGAUGAUGCUGGAGACUGGGACAUCAAAGACGCCAGGCCCUGUCCCGAUUGGAAUGGCAGUUGGCGGCAGGUCACACACAUCAAUCUUUCCCAGGGCUGGAUACCGCACAGUGUUCAAGCCAUCCGAGCGUUGCCUGCCGGCAUGUUGAGUUGUGAACUGCUCAGUUUCCUCCGGAGCGACAGAGGAAGGAAGAUGGUGGAGAAGGUGCCGGCCGGCGAGGCCCAGACGCCCCACCAAACGCGGCGAUGGAUUGAGAAGGAAGGAGAAAAUAGGAACAUCGCACAUGCAAUCAACGGUCUGAGAAAGUCGUCCAAGGGGCCGUAUUGCGAAGUCGAUUAUGGCUGGUCGAGCAACAUCCUUUCGGGCUCGAGCAACUAUGACGAGGUUUUCGAGGUAUGA